AUGGACACGCUGCUGCAGCCAGCCAGGGACCUGCUGGCUGGCGUGACGUUGCGUGACUACCUGUCCACCCGACCUCCGCGCGCCGUCACCAGCGUAGCCACCACCGACCAGCUGGGCGCUGUGCUGCGCCGGUUUGCGGCUGGCGGGCUGGUCGCAGCGCCGCUGUUUGCAGACGAGGCGCGCACCGCCUACCUGGGCUUUAUAGACCUGCUGGAUGUGGUGGCGGCGGUGGUGGAAGCAGCACGGCUGUCUGCGGGAAGCUCCGGCAGCGGCCACGAGCUGAGGCAGCGCGCAGCGGCAACAGCCAACGCUCUGGCGUCGCAGCCGGUGGGCACCAUCCGGGCCGCCACCAACGACGCACAAGUGGUCUACCUUUCUCAGCUGGGCAGCAGCCUGCUGGAGGUGGUGCGCGAGGGCUUUGCGGCCCCGGUCGACAACCUGGCCUGCCACCGCCUGGCAGUCUUCCAGCCCAGCGGCGGCAGCAUGAGCAGCGGCAGCAGCAGAAGCAGCAGCAGCCCGGAGCUCGCUGCCAUGGAUGCAGACGGCAGCGGGAGCAGCAGCCUGCAGUUGACCCACAUCGUGGGGUUCAGGGAGAAGGCGGUGAUGUGUGUGUCUGCUGACAUGGCGGUAUUUGAUGCGCUGGCGGGCAUGGUGGACAACAAGGUGCCCGCUGUGGCUGUGAUAGAUUCCGAGGAGAGCGGCGUGCUGAUCGGCAACAUCAGCAUCAGCGAGCUGCGCGGCAUACUGCCAGAGCACUUUGAGCAGCUGGUGGAGCCGGUGGGCGAGUUUCUGGGCGGCGGCUGGCGCGGCAGCCCACACUGGCAGCCCAGAAGCCAGGGUGGAAUUGCUCAGGCGUUUGGCAUCCGGUCCCCGGAGCAGCUGCCGCACACACCCAGCCUGGCCUCCUGCACCCUGGACAGCCGGUUUGGGGAGGUGCUGGACCUACUGGCCAGCCUCCACCUGCACCGCCUCUUCGUCGUGGACAGCGAGGGGCGGCCGUCAGGGGUGGUGUCGCUCACCGACCUCCUGCGGCUGAUUGCGGGCGACUCGGAAUGA